CUCUAAUUGGUCCAUUUCCAGUCCCUACUGUGCUAGCUCCACUCCCUGCUUCAUAGCCAGCCAGUCAGACUAGCAUUCCAUUUCACAUUCUACAGCUCCACUCCAAAGGAGAAAGCCGAUGAAAUAAAGGAGAGGUCUAGGAUGCUAGCUUUUGCUAAGAAACAAAAGAAAGGAUACUAACCCAAAUAGAAAGAAAGAGAGAAGCAAAUAGAUAGAAAUGAGAGCUGAUUUGUCAAAUGUUCUGUUGGUCCCAAUCAUCAUCUGCUCCAUUUCAUUUGUUUGGAUUUCUGGGUUCGCAGCAACUACCUCCAAUUAUAAGCUUCAUCCUUCUGAAGUGAAGGCAUUAAGAGAUAUAGGUAAGAAGCUGGGGAAGAAAGGCUGGGAUUUCGGGAAAGAUCCUUGCAGUGGAGAAGGGAACUGGGUUGUUACUGAUAGCAGGAAAGGGUUUGAGAGCUAUGUGAUUUGUGACUGCCCAAUUAGUGCCAGUGCCAGUGCUGUUGCAGUUCAUGGUACUAUCAAUCUCAUCAACUCCACUACCUCCAGUUCCACUUGCCAUGUCACCUCAAUAAGUUUGAAGUCUCAAAACUUGUCUGGAACUCUCCCACCGGAAUUCUCAAGGCUUCGCUACCUUAAAUCACUGGAGCUCAGUAAAAAUAUACUGUCUGGUACCGUACCUCCCCAAUGGGCUACCUUGCCUUUGGUAGAGCUCUAUGUUAUGGGCAACCGGCUAUCCGGUCCAUUUCCAAAAGUUCUUGCCAACAUUACCACUCUCAGAAACCUGAGCAUUGAAGCUAACCAAUUUUCAGGACCAAUUCCCCCAGAAAUUGGGAAAAUGAUAAACAUGGAGAGACUUCAUAUAAAUUCAAAUGCAUUCACUGGAAAGUUACCUGUUCAACUUACCAAGUUGGUUAACUUGACUGAUCUGAGGAUAAGUGAUAAUAACUUCUCCGGUAGGAUUCCGAACUUCAUCAACAAAUUGAUAAAGCUUGAAAAAUUACAAAUACAAGGUUGCUCUCUGGAGGGCCCUAUACCUUCUACCAUUUCAUCAUUGACAAGCUUAACUGAUCUGCGGAUCACAGACUUAAAAGGUAGGGAUUCAACCUUCCCGCCACUCCAGGAUAUGGAAGCUCUGAAGACGCUGGUACUACGGAGCUGUUUACUGUCAGGAGACAUCCCUGAGUACCUGAGCUACAUGAAAAAACUGAAAACUCUUGAUCUCAGCUUCAACAAUCUGACUGGAGAACUUCCAGAAUCUUUUGGUCGGCUUGCCAAAGCAGAUAUCAUCUACUUGACCAGAAACAAACUCAGAGGAUCUAUACCACAAUGGAUCUUGGAGAGAAAUAAGAUUGUAGAUAUUUCGUACAAUAAUUUCACCUGGGGAAGCUCAAGUCCAACGGAAUGUCCUAGAGGAAGCGUAAAUUUAGUGGAGAGUUAUUCCUCCUCAACAACUAAACUGAGCAGAAUUCAUCCUUGCUUGAGACAGAAGUUUCCAUGUUGUAUGUCCAAAAAACAAUACCGUUACUCGCUACAUAUUAACUGCGGUGGUAAGGAAACGAGCCUGAAUAACACCUUCUAUGAAGCUGAUAGAGAACCUAGAGGUGCUUCCAUGUACUACUCCAGUCAGAACUGGGCAAUGAGCAGCACUGGGCACUUUGUGGACAAUGAUGUCGAUGCAGACACCUAUAUUCAAUACAACAACUCAGCUAUUAUAUCCACAGAAUCUGCUCCCAACUCCCAACUCUACACAACAGCACGCGGCUCUCCUAUCGCUCUCACUUACUAUGGACUUUGCCUUGGAAAUGGGAACUACACUGUGAAACUUCACUUUGCAGAGAUUGUUUUCACAAACGAUAGUUCAUUCUUUAGUGUCGGAAAGCGAAUGUUUGAUGUGUAUGUACAGGACAAGUUGGUGCUGAAGGAUUUCAACAUUGAAGCUGAAGCUGGUGGCCCUGCUAGGCCAAUAAUAAAGACAUUCACAGUUUCUGUAACAAGCAAUACACUAAAGGUCCACUUUUAUUGGGCUGGAAGAGGGACAACAGGGAUACCCUUAAGAGGAAUUUACGGUCCUCUCAUAUCUGCUAUAUCAGUCGAUCCAAACUUCGUCCCACCUUCUCCUGAAAGCAGCAGAAGGCAGCAUGUCAUCAUCAUUGCUGGAGCUGCUGCCGGAGCAUUUUUAAUAGUGCUUCUUCUCCUGGGUAUACUCAGGAGAAAUGGAUUGUUGGGAGGCCAACCAGCUGAAGACAAAGAGCUACGAGGACUGCUAGACCUGCAAACAGGGCUAUUCACACUAAGGCAGAUAAAAACAGCUACCAAUAAUUUUGAUGCUGUAAAUAAACUUGGGGAAGGUGGUUUUGGUUGUGUUUAUAAGGGAGAGUUAGCAGAUGGAACAAUUAUUGCAGUGAAGCAGCUGUCCUCGAAAUCGAAGCAAGGAAACCGUGAAUUCGUAACCGAGGUAGGCAUGAUAUCUGCACUGCAACAUCCCAAUCUAGUAAAGCUGUAUGGAUGCUGUGUAGAGGGAAACCAAUUGAUUCUCAUAUACGAGUACAUGGAGAACAACUGUCUAUCCCGCGCACUUUUUGGAAAGGAUCCAGCGUGCAGGUUGAAGUUAGACUGGCCUACGAGGCAGAAAGUUUGCUUGGGGGUGGCCAGAGGUCUGGCCUACCUUCACGGGGAAUCAAGAAUCAGAAUUGUGCAUAGGGACAUCAAGACGAGCAAUGUGUUGCUUGAUAAGGAUAUGAGUGCCAAAAUCUCCGAUUUCGGAUUGGCAAAGCUGCAUGAAGAUGAGGAUACCCACAUUAGCACUAGAGUUGCUGGAACCAUAGGCUAUAUGGCUCCUGAAUAUGCUAUGCGUGGGUGCUUGACCAGCAAGGCAGACGUGUAUAGCUUUGGAGUAGUUGCAUUGGAAAUCGUCAGUGGAAAGAGCAACACAAAUUACAGACCUAAAGAAGAAUAUGUUUACCUUCUUGACUGGGUAAUGUGUUUCCCCCCUCCAUUCUCCAUCACCUUAAUGUAUGCAGUUUGUCUCUGAGGGGUUGUUUUGAAACUUGAAAUCACGUUGUGCUAUAUUCUGAAAUUGCAUGCAUUACAAACAAGAUGGUGUAUUUCAAUCAAAUGAUGUAGAUUUCAAAACACAAGUAAUGGAGAACACACAAGCUUUGGAUUUUGAUUUUGUAAAUUGUCUUUAUCAUUAUCAUUAUUUCGAUUUUACUGGAAAAACUGAUCUCUGAAAUUGAUAUCUAUGACUCACUACCUCAUCUUUCUUAUCUGUGAAUUCUCUUACAAUCCAGUUAUUUCAAAUGCCUGCAUCAUCAAAAUACACAUUCUAAAUCGCAGAUUUCAAACGAGCCUCUUGUUAAUUUGCAAAGUCAUCACGAAAUAUCUGUGUGUGUGCAACUUACUUGCAGGCCUAUGUAUUACAAGAGAGGGGAAGCCUGUUGGAACUGGUCGAUCCCUUGUUGGGUUUAGAUUACUCGUCAGAGGAGGCAAUGCUGAUGUUGAAUGUGGCUCUCUUAUGCACCAACGCCUCCCCAACUCUCAGGCCAACGAUGUCUCAAGUGGUGAGCAUGCUGGAAGGCAGAACAGCAAUCCAAGACCUGCUCUCGGACCCUGGUUAUUCCGCCAACAGAUCGAAGUACAAGGCCAUAAGGAAUCACUUCUGGCAGAAUCCAAGUAUGACUCAUACCAUGUCAGCGGACGAGGAUGGAUAUACCAAUUACUCGAGUACGCGGAUAGAAGUAGAAGAAGCUGGCAGUUUGUUAAGAGGAGGCUCCCUGACCAUUAAAGACUAGCUGGUAAUAACUUUGUGUAGUGUCAUUUUGUCUGGCAUUUUAGUUAACGUAAAUGUCCCUUUGUACAUGGCUACAUGCUUAGUUUUUAGAUCCUUCCUCUUGGCCGUAAGGCAUUUUGGUGACCUAAGAUAGAACUCCUUAGAUAUGUAUGCAAUUUGAAACCAUAAGAUUCAAGGUGUGGGCAGCAAUAAGAGAUUGCGACGGGGCUCGUGCACCGGGCACUGACGGUUUUACGUUGGCAUUCUAUAAGAAAUAUUGGCAUGUAAUAAAAAGAGGUCCUCCUCAAAGUAGUGGAUGAUUUUUAAUUCUCUUA